CUUCUGCCUUCCUCUCAUUGAUCUCAUCAGCCACAGCAUGAAGGCCUCUGCUCAUCGAUCGUUACGGCUGCUGACCGAUGUGGCAAAGUCGGGCGUGUCGCCAAGGAGGCAUGCCGUUCGGACGUUCAUCUCUACGUCUUCAGUUGCGAGGCAAGAAAAGUCGGCGAGGCGAACGACCGGGGCAAACAUUGUUCCUUCGACGGACAGGUCAAAUCGGACUCCUAUAGCAUGGACUAUGGCGGCAACAUCGUACUCGGAAGAGGCUAGAGCUUUUGUCUCUGGACCAGAUGCCGAGCAUAUCGACUCGUUCGAAGUCGUUCCCGACGAGAAGGAAGAGCCGACUAUGAGUAUUCUCGACCGGUCGAAAGUUCGACGAGGGGUCAUCGUUGAAUGCAGACGAUCACAGACGUCGUUCAUCGGUAUCGUCUUGGCCACUGCCAUCGCUGCAAACCGUAUUCGAUUCAUGAUCAUGGACUCUUCUGGCCAAGUCGUGCCCUGUUCCGAAGAAGACGUCCAAUUCGUCUUUCGCCCCAACUCAUCCAAACCGGUCUCCAAGAAGGGCAAAGAGAGGGAGACCGUGGGUCCGGACGAGAUCGACAUGCAGGUUCCUCUGGAUGUCGUCGAAAGGGCCUUUUCCCUCGACGCUAUGUUCCCGAUAGAAACGACGGAUGCCUCUGAGAAAGAAGAGAUCCGGCUCGUGAUGGCAAAGCGGAGUGAAGCCCGUCGUAUCCUCAGCCGAAAAUUGCGGAAAAUACAGAUUGCCGCUGAACGUCAAACUGGGCGAUUAUUACGGGAUCGUUCCGGUUGUUUUCAGCCGGAAUCGCUUUGGGAGGAAGCGCAUGCUGAGAACGCUCACCUGGCUGACCGAAAUAUCUGGCCGGCUUUGACAUGCGAAGAUGUCCUGACUAAACGGUUCGGAGGGAGCCAGGACGAGAUGGCGAGGUUCGCUUUACAUACGAUCUUGAUGUCCCGGCCGGACUUGUUUCAAGCGGACGAGAGCGAUAUGAAGAUCUCGGGCAAAUUUGCUGCCAGACCAGGAUGGAUGGUGGACGAUCUCGAGGCGGGAAAGAAGGCGUUUCAGGCUUGGGAGACAGCGCCAGACAGUGAUGCUGCAGCUGAAGUGCGGGAAUUCAUCGAGAAAUGCAGAGAGAUUGUCCUGGUCCGGAGAGAAUCAGAUAAUCAGGAUCCUCAGCCUGACCCCACCCUUUCGCAGAGCAGCAAGCGGCUAUUGAGAUUAUUCAAGCAACGGAUACUGGAACAGCGAACCAUUCAAAGGUCGCCCUACUGGUCGUUUGUACCUGCCAUAUUGGGUGCCACAAAUCUCUACAAGGUUGAUUUGCUGGACAUGGGGACCCUGAUGCGGUUCCUGUGGGAAAUGGGCGAGAUUGGAAACUCGGGGAAUAUUACAGCCUUCAAAUUGAGGGACCUGGAGGACAAAGAAGGGGACUUGCGGCUGAGACCGUCCGGAUCCUACACCGCACCGGUUCAUACGUCGUCAACGGAUAGUCUGGAGGCACAGCUUAACUUGCCGGAUACCCAUGAGUCGCUACGACAUGAUUUUGGGUCUUUGCCCGUCUACGUUAUCGAUUCCGCCGAUGCCAAAGAACUGGAUGACGGGAUCUCGUUAGAACGUAUUCCGGGAUCGUCGGACAGAUGGAUUCAUGUUCAUAUAGCGGAUCCUACACGUUGGCUCGCCCCAGAAGACGAUAUCACUUCGCGAGCAAUGCGUCACGGGUCGACUUUCUAUGCCGCAGGGGACGGGGCGAGGCCGAUGAUGCCCAAUGAGCUCGUCAUGUCCGCCAUGAGUUUGGGAGCUAAGCGGGACCAGCGUGCACCUCAAGUCGUUCUCACCUUCUCCGCCAAAGUCACCGGAAAUGGGGAACUGUUGGACUACCAGAUCAGAGCGGGGAUGGUCCAGAAUGUUAAGACGAUCACAUACAGCUCCGUUGACGACGUCUUGCAAGGAGGUAGUCAAGCGCAUGGCCUUGACGACGCAUGCUCGCAGGAUCUACGUGACCUGCAUUCGCUGGCACAGACCGUUCGACGACGACGGCUCGCUCAUUCGGGCCUGGAAUGGUUUGUUAGCGAAGCCGAGGUUGCGGUCGCACGCUCUGGCGAGACUACCAACGUCGAAUGGCAAAUGCCUGACCAUCCACAUGCUCCUUCACGGAUCUUGGUCUCGGAAUGCAUGAUUCUUGCGGGUCAGGUGGCGGGGAAAUUUGCUAGCGAGCGAGACCUUGCGUUGCCGUACAGAGGAAGCAAUGUGCCGUAUAUCCCUCAAAGGGGAUUGCCCGAGGGCUGGACUUCGGAGAUGGCCAUUCAAGACUUGUUGAAGAAGAGGGACCCUGUUACCCUUGCGACAUCCCAGCUAGACGUAGCCAGGCUUGGCAUGUUUGUACGAGGCGCACCACCCAGUCCCAGGCCGAUUGAUCAUUGGAUUCUUGGCAUCUCCGCGCAACAUGGCGGUUACUCGCGUGUCACUUCGCCCUUGCGUCGCUUUUCCGACAUGAUUGGUCACUGGCAGAUUAAGCAGGCUUUGGUUCCGUCAGCUGGCAAGCCCCUCUUUGACGAGGCGCACAUGGAAAGGCUGUGUGUAUAUACCAACAAGGCGGAUAGGCGGAUCAGGCGGUUAGACCUGGCGUCUCGAGCUUUCUGGAAGGCGCUGGCGGUGAAGCGCGCUCUGGAUCAGGGUGGUAGUAUGGCCAACGGAGUCAACCUGCACGACGUCACCGGUAUCGUCACUGCCGUGACGGAUUACUCUGCCAUCAGAAAACGGCGGUCCACUUCGUUGUAUGUCCCUGAUCUCGCCCUGCGUGUCCACCUUUCUCAGGGCGAUAUCGUGCUCGACGGCGGACUGAGACGCUGGGAGAUCGGUCAGCCGGUCAGGGCUAGGAUACACGAGGCGAUUCUUUGGCCAACGCCCUUUAUCAAUGCCGAGCCUCUUGAGGACUGAUGAACCAGUUGUCCAGCUGAUUGGGCCCGUAACCGAUCGGGCUCUCAUAGCAGAUAUCAGCUGGCGUAUGUCUAGAUGGGUGAUGUAGCACUUUAGCCCUCCUCUUUCAUGGUCAUAUACUUCUUGCGGACAGUUCUUCAGGCGAUCGCAAUGGUUGAAGCAUGGACUCGUAGUGGAAAGACCGUGGGCGGUCGCGCGCGUGGUUUGAAACGCAAUUACUCCUUGGAACAUAUUAACAUUAUAUUAUCGCGCUUAUCGCAA